AUGGCUGACUGGGCCAAGCUCAAAGUCGUCGACCUCAAGGCGGAGCUGAAACGACGCGAUCUCCCGCAGCACGGCCUCAAGGCAGAGCUUGUCACACGACUCAACGAAGCGGACUCUGAUGCGACGCCGGCUGCGGCCGAUACACCGGCAAAAGUGGACGAAGCUGAGCCAGCGCUGCCAGCUGAAGAAGAUGCCGCCCCCGAGGCAGUGGUGCCAGCGGCACCCGAGAGCGUGCCAGAGACGACUACAGAACCAUUGGAAUCGAAAGAAAUAGAUAUUUCGAUAGAAACAACUGGGGGGCCUAUCGAUACGACUGCGGAAACACAAUCCGUAGCCGCGGAACAGCAACCGUUACCAACUAUCGACGCGCCAAACGGCGAACCACAAAAGCGCAAACGCUCUGCAACUCCAUCACCCAGCGCAGAGGAAACAGCAGCCAAACGAGCACGAGCCCUGUCGGAACAAGAGAUGGAACAAGAACAUGCCAUAUCCGUACUAGGUAACGAGGUGGUGGUGCCAGCUGACGAACCGGCCCCCAUGGAUGUUGAGCAAACGCCGCCGCCCGCUACUCCUCCAUCAAACGCAGAAGCCGCCCGACCACUUCCAACGUCUUCUCCUCCUCUUCCUCCUCCUCCUCCCACUCACGUGCCCGAGACAAUAGCGUCCGCCGCCAACGAGAACAACGAAAUGGACAUGGGCAUGGACCACAGCGUGGCGCCGGCGCUGCACCCCGCCACCACGGCGCUGUACAUUAGCAAUCUCAUGCGCCCGCUCCGGCCUGCUGACGUCCAGGCGCACGUCUGCGAACUAGCCAGCGCCGUGCCAGGCCAGGCAGCAGCAGCCGACGACGACGGCGUCAUUGUCCAGUUCCACCUGGACCAGAUUCGUACGCACGCCUUUGUCGUGCUCGCGUCCGUCCAGGCCGCUGCGCGUGUACGCUCGCAGCUGCACGACCGCGUAUGGCCCGACGAGAGCAACCGCAAAACCCUCUGCGUCGACUUUGUGCCCCCGGAAAAGGUCAACGACUGGAUCGCCAUGGAACAGGGCAGCGGCUCCUCUGGCGCAGGCCGGCCGGGACGCUCGACGGCGCGGUGGGAAGUCGUCUACGACAAGGGACCAGACGGCGUCGCCGUAGCCCGUCUGCAGCAAGCGGGCGGUCUGGCAUCGCGUCCUGGUCCGCCGCCGCCGCCUGUUCCGUUCAGCCAGGCUGGCGCCGCCGCCACCGAUCUCGUACCUCCCACCGGUCCCAGAGGCGACCGUGACCGUGACCGUGACCGUGACCGUGAUCGUGGUCGCGAUCGCGGCCGUGAUGGUCCAGCGUCUCCGCGCGGCGGCAACGGUCGUCGCGACGGCCACUCUCGACUGCAGCAGAACAACAACCUCCCGCAGCCCAGCGAGCUCGACUACGAGCUCCAGCGCACGCGCGCCCGGCCUUCCAUAACCUUCCAGCUCGUGGCGCCGGCGCUCGCCACCCGCCGCGUCGACAACAUGCACUCUUUUUACACAAAGGACGUGCGGCGCGUGCUCGGCCGCGAAAUCAACCGCUACUCGUUCGAGGAGGGCGACGGGUUCGUCGACCGCGGCAAGGAGGUUUUCGAGGGCAUACGGCCGCCGCAUCGGGAGCGCGGUGGCGGUGGUCGCGGAGGACGUGGCGGCGGUGGCGGCGGCGGCAAGUUUGGCGGCCGAGGAGGCGGCGGCGGCGGAGGCCGUGGACGUCGUGGCGGUGGCGGUGGUGGUGGUGGUGAUCGGCCACAAAGCGAUCGCUACCUCCCAGGACUUUCUUCUCGUGGAGGCGGUGGGCGAAGGUGGGAUGAUGACCGUGGCCGUGAGCGCCGGUAUUAA